AUGCUUAAUGGUGCAAGUCUCAAACGAAAGCGGUCGCUGACGGAGAAUUUCAACAUCUCAGCUCAUGGGAAGAGGAAGCCUCAAUCAGCUCAGAUCAUAGCCAAGUUGGCUAGUCUAAAACCCGAUACUCCUCACAUAGACGUCCCACAAAAAGAAACUGUACUGAUUGGAAGAAGCUCUUCCUGUGAUAUAACGUUAAACUUUCCUGACGUUUCAACAAAGCACUGUGUUCUAGAGUUGAAAACGAUACGUUCUGGAGAGACUUCAAGAUUCUACUUCGUAUUACAUGACAACAGCAGUAACGGAACUUAUGUUAACGGGGAACGCGUUUCAAAAGAGAAGCCUAGAUUUUUGAAGUCAGGAGACAAUGUGGCUUUUGCAGCCUCCUGUUCUUACGUCUUGAAAUACAUCGAUGAUGAAGAGUUUAAUUCACCAGGCUCCUUCUUCGAUAAGUAUCUGGUAGGGAAGCUCUUAGGAUCAGGUCAUUAUGCUCAAGUUAAAGAAGCUCAAAAUAAAACUACUGGGGAAAUAUGUGCAGUCAAAAUCUUUCAUCCACGAAAAUCCUCUGAUAACGAUGAAACUAAUAAACAGAUGAAUCAAGAAAUGAACCUACUGAUGUCAAUUAACCAUCCAAAUAUUGUCAAGUUCUACCACACUUUUAUAGAGCCAAUGAACGAACACUCAGUUACAACGUAUCUGGUAUUGGAGAAAGUCAAUGGAGGAGAGUUGUUCAAUAGGGUGGUGAAGAAAGGCAAAUUGAGAGAAGAUGAAUCUAAAAAUCUGUUCAAACAGCUCCUAUCCGGCCUCAAUUAUUUGCAUUCCAAUGAGAUUGUGCAUCGUGAUAUUAAACCUGAAAAUAUUCUGCUUGAUAUCACACCAAGAAAAUCACAUAGAGAAAUCCAAACUGGUCCGUGGGAUGAAGAUGAGCUAAACAUUGUCGUGAAGAUCGCUGACUUUGGUCUUGCAAAGUUUAUUGGUGACAUGAGAUUCACAAACACACUUUGCGGAACUCCUGCUUAUGUUGCUCCAGAAAUCUUGACUAGUAAUACUACGAGGCGAUACAAUAAGCAGGUUGACCUGUGGUCUACGGGUGUGCUCUUGUAUGUCUGUCUUUGUGGAUUUCCUCCUUUUUCGGAAGAGCUGAGUCCACCUUCUAUGCGAGAGCAGAUUUUGAGAGGUAGAUUUGCAUUUUUCUCUCCCUACUGGGAUACAAUACAUGACGAUGCGUUAGAUCUAAUAUCUAAGUUGCUGAUAGUCAACCCUAGUGACAGGAUUACAAUGGAGCAGACUUUGCGGCAUCCAUGGUUUAUCGGUACUGCCGAAGAUGCUGCUUCUUCUGUUCCAGAAUCUGACAAAUAUGACUUUCAAGAAAUGUAUGCGCGUGCUCAUUCUGUCAGGGUUCCAGUCCGGCAAGAUACGAACAUAACCAGUCUUCGUGAUCAGGCGCAGUCUAGCUUAGCUAUUUCUGGUAAUAUGGACGUUGAUAAUGACAUUGAUCAAGAGUAUGCUAGUUAA